CGCUAGAGCGCCGUCCCAUUCCCAUAUGGCGCUCUACAUCUGAACGCGCCUCGUGGCUAAAUCCAUAUAAGCGGCAGAGUGGGGGCAAGGCUUGACAACAGAUUUUAUAAUGUCUGCCACGACCACUACCCCUGCAUCCGGCGGCUACGUUCAGCGAUUGAACAACUGGCUCCAGCAGGCAGGAAAAAAUCCUCAACUAACUUGGAGUGAGAAACAAGAAGGCCCACAGAAUGCUCCGGAAUGGACUUCUACGGUCUUAGUUGAGGGUAAAUCCCUAGGCACUUCGUCUGCGUCCAAGAAAGCCUUGGCACGUGAUGGGGCGGCCAAAAUUGUGGGUGGUUGACUCAACGAUGAUGCGAAGCUUGUGAUCGAUUUCCUGCUAUUGAUAGGCUCUCGAAGCGCUGGAAAGUGAACGAUAUGGAGCUUCGACUUCCGAUGAGUAGUUAGAGGUUUGGUUGCGGUUUGCCUCGAUGUUCAUGCUUGCUUUGUCUCAUCGAGUUUUUGGUGUCAUUCUCGGCUUCUGUCUCUAG